CGAUUGACGACACUUGGCACGUAACUGUCCGCCAGGGCAAAGGUGAUUCCGGGACAGAGUUCAACCUAUCUUUGAAUAGUUAUUUAUUGCUGCGCCCUAUUCUGACCGUUUGUUCCGUGAAGAACGUAGUUAGAUUAUUGCUUCUUGCUGAACAAGCCGUGAACAACCAUUCACCGAGUGGCGGACAUUUGGUCUAAACAGUUGCGUUAAAAUCAGUGCACGUACUCGGAACUCACUUUCAUCGUUACGGCUGUGACCGAGGUCUACCCGACCACACUGGACGGGGCGAGGACAAACACACCUUCGAAAUGGAAAUCUCUUGUAACGCUGGUCGUCGUUUCGUGAGCAGAACUUUGCUAAUUGUGCUACUCGUCGGCCAGCCGUGCAGUGGUACCUUCUUCUGGUUGCGUCCCGCACCCACCGACUCACCGAUAUCGGGCGAUCCACCGAACGGUUGGCGACCGCCAGCACUGGUACCGGGUGUCAUCCUGCCGCCCGGUGGUACCAUACCGCCCAGGAAACCGCAAGGGAGCUCUCAGGACUUGCUCCGUCUACCGCAGAUACUGUGCAACUAUGCAGCGACCGGUCGUUGGCCGGCUUAUCCACCAUACCUGCAGGCAGCCAUCGUUGACCUUGGCCGGCACGUGUUUGCCCUGGACGACCAGGGUGUGCGCCAGUACUGUGCCAAUUACGUACGCCUCGUCUACGUCCGGCGGCCGUGCUGUGCCUACCCAGUUUAUCCAGUGUACAUAAUGCCUAGUGGGAAAACUACUACCGAAUCGUCGAUCGAUACGGAUGUCGUGACGGGUAUCACCAGUGUGCCGGAUCAGGGAGAUGAUAUGCCGGACCCAGGAAGCGAUGACGGAAAUGGCGACGAAGGAGAGGAUGACGGUGAAAAGGAGGAUGAAGAUGGCGAUGAAGGUGACGAUGAAGAAGAUGGAGAGGAAGGGGGAGAUGAUGAGGAGGAGGGAGAGGAAAAUGAUGGCGAUGAGGAUGGAGAAGGUGAGGGGGAAGAAGAGGGCGAUGAAGAAGGGGGUGAAGAGGACGGAGAGGAGGGUGGUGAUGAUGGAGAAGGUGGUGAAGAAGAAGGUGAAGGAGGAGACGAACAGGAUGGUGAAGAAGAUGAUGCGGAGGGUGAAGACGGUGAGGAAGACGGCGAAGAAGGUGAUAGUGGCGGGGAAGGUGAAGAUGGGGGAGAGGAGGGAGAUGAUGAGGAAGGUGGUGAAGAGGGUGAAGAAGAGGGUGGCGAGGAAGAUGAUGAGGGAGAUGGUGAAGAAGAUGGUGAGGAGGAUGGUGAGGAAGGUGGUGAGGAGGGCGGUGAUGAAGAUGGUGAGGAGGGCGGUGAUGAAGGAGGUGAAGAAGGUGGUAAGGAAGAUGGUGAGGAAGAAGGUGGUGACGAGGGUGGCGGCGAAGAAGGUGGUGAGGAGGAUGGUGAAGAAGGUGGUGAGGAGGGUGGUGAAGAUGGUGAUGAGGAAGAUGGUGAAGAAGGUGGUGAGGAAGAAGGUGGUGAGGAGGGUGGUGAAGGAGAUGGCGAAGAUGGUGGUGAAGAAGGUGGUGAGGAGGGUGGUGAGGAAGAAGGUGGUGAAGGAGAUGGUGAAGAGGAUGGUGGCGAAGAGGAUGGUGGCGAAGAGGAUGGUGGCGGAGAGGGAGGUGAAGAAGGUGGUGAUGAGGGUGGUGAGGGAGGUGGUGAAGAAGGUGGAGAAGAAGGUGGCGAAGCUGCGGGUGAAGAAGGCGGUGAGGAGGCUGGCGAAGGAGGUGGUGAGGAGGGUGGGGAGGAGGGUGGUGAGGAGGGUGGUGAAGGAGGCGCUGAAGAAGGCGGAGAGGAAGGUGGUGAAGAAGGUGGAGAAGAAGGUGGAGAAGCAGCAGGUGAAGAAGGUGGUGAAGCAGCAGGUGAAGAAGGUGGUGAGGAGGGUGGUGAGGAGGGUGGCGAAGCAACAGGUGAAGAAGGUGGUGAGGAGGCUGGUGAAGAAGGUGGUGAGGAAGGUGGUGAAGGAGGUGGUAAAGAAGGUGGUGAGGAAGGUGGUGAAGGAGGUGGUGAAGAAGGUGGAGAAGAAGGAGGUGAAGCGGGAGAAGAAGCAGGAGCAGAAGAAGCGGCUCCUGCAGAAAUAGUACAAUCUUCAAGACUUAUUUCGGACAAAACGGAGCGGUAUCGUCCAUCGAACGAGCUCACAACGCCGAAAUCAAUUCGCACUCGUACAGGUAAAAAACCAAAAAAGAAUCAGAAAAAGAAAUCGCAAACUAUCUCACCCACCAUACACUUUAUCCCACUGCGUUCCACACCGUCAAUGGACAACAUUUCUGAUCGACUCAAUUUAGAGGUAAAACACACACAAUCUGUGAAAAACCAGCAUGGUGCACACAUUAAAGCACAUCAUAUUUCGCGGAAAGAUAAACAAUUGAAGGACAGUAAUGGAAAAGGGCCAUCACGUACAGUAAAGCAAACGGAAAAACCAAAACAAACAGUAGCAAGAAAACAAAGAGUAGAAAAGAGAGAAACAAAACAAAGCGCAAAAAAACACAGUAAACGCAAGGUAAAGAACGAUGGCGAAGUUCAAACAAAGAUUGUACAAACGAUUCGGAGAGGAACGAGGAAAUCUCGUCCAACUAGCACAACGAAAAGGCAAAACAUUCAUAAGAGAGCAUCAAAGAAGGAAACAAAGAAAGUUCGUGAAAAGAGGAAAAAUAUUAAAGUUGGACAUGUGAAUGAGCCCCCAAAAGCGCAUCACAAUCACCCACAAAGCAAGCAGAAAGUAUCUAAAAGAAAAACCUUUACAAUGAACAGCAAACGAAGCGAUACCAAGUAAGCCACAGGUAUCGAUAUAGGACACAGAUCAAAGUGUGUGUGAGGGAGCAUUUAACUCACAGAG